AUGGCGAAAGCUUCCCAUACAUUGCAAAAAGGUGCUGUCGUCCAGCACACCGCCAAAGCCCAUAACCUGAAAGAUCAACUGCCUGAAGGGAGCAUGGAAUCUUUGGCAACAACCAUUUGUUUCGUCACGCUGAACUGCCGAACACUAUCGAGUGAACUCCAACAAGCCGCUCUAUCCAGACUUCUGCGAUAUCUCUGUGUGUCUUUUGCUGCACUGCAGGAAACACGCAUGAGAGAUCGGCCCGUCAUCAGCAUCGAAAAUUACACCAUAUACUGCGGCGAUGCUGAUGAGAUCAAAGUAGGUGGCUGCGCGAUAGCUGUGAGGAACGAUUACAAGAACCUGGUGGAGGAAUUUGGCUCAACGUCGUCUAGAUGCGCCUUUUUACGACUGCGGGAUCGCGGAGGACGUAAACUCUGGAUCGUAAGUGCUCACGCACCUACGGAAACCGCUGAGGACAACAGUAAGAACGCCUUCUAUGAUGAACUCAAUGCGUUGAUGUCUAAAAUACCAAGCCAGCAGGUGGUCAUUGUCGGAAUCGACGCAAAUGCGAAGAUGGGACUCGAACAGCAAUCCGAUGUGCUAGGAAAAUGGUACUAUGCUGCGGAGCGCACGUCGGACGACGGUGACCGUCUGGUCGACUUAUGCGAACAGACGGGCCUCAUCAUCGCUUCCACGUUUAAGAGGAAUCAUCGACGCCAUCAGCUCACAUGGCAGGGGUCAACCCUUUUAACGCCUGAAGAACAGCGCAAGCGGAAGAUGAGGACUCUUAAACUUCAGCUCGACUGCGUUCUGGCGAGGCGUUGCGUUCGACUCUGA